ACCAGCCAGUCAGUCCGUAAAGAGAAACCACUGGCGAGACUUUUCAGGCAGCGGCACAGGACGGGACCUGUCGGUUUAAAAAGCAAAAACAAAAAACGAGCCGAUAAUGUGGAGUCUGCAACCGAAGGGCAGCACCAACUGAGCCUGCAGGACCGUGAGGGGAAACUACGGAGCUAAGGGGGCUGUCGUUUUUAACUUAUCGGGUCCGCCGGCUCUGCUCUUCAGUCAGACUACAGCCGCUCGCCCGCUCUCUGGCUGGCUGGCUGGUUAGCUUACCCCGCUAGCUGCUCGGCUAACACCCACCGCUCCCCGAAUUUCUUCUCGCCGGGAGAAACUGCACCUGUCCCGGCUGUCAGCUUCACCGUAUCCUCUUAUAAACGCCAAACAAUGUGCUGCUCGGUUCUGAAUGACUUUUUACGGCCGAGGGGGGUUUUAACACACACUUUGCCAAGCGAACAGUGAUAGCUAAGCAGCCCAAGCUAACAAGUUGACGUGGAGGAGGAACUCAAGGGUUUUUUCUUUUCCUUUUUUUGUGAUUGUCCGGAUUGUUGUUGGUUUUCCCCAAGCUGUGAUUUCAUACGGAUUAUUAUUAAUUUUUUUGCCUGCCCCGAGGUGGACUUUUCUCUUUGGUGAUCCCAAACAAAUCGUCCAGGUUUCAAACCAGCCAGUUAGCUAUGUUUAUUUGUGGCCAGAAAGCAAUUUCAAGUGUUUACAAAUUCCACAGUGGGACUCUUUCCUGGUUCGAGUACUGCAACGGAAACAUUAGCUAACACAGACUAGCUCAGAUUAGUGUCGUCGUGUUUUGUUUACUAGGUAGAUAGACGGAACAAACUGUUGCCAAACAAUUUAACUACAAAAGGAAAGCUGCGAUUCAGCUGUUGAUUGUGGUUUUCUCUUUAAAGCCAACCUGCAGUUUUUUUUUGCCACCAGUGAUCUGACAUUACCGCUGGAUCUGUACGCACCUGGAAGAAAAAAAAAAAAAAACUUAACAGUGGGUGUGUGAUCGCAACCCUUUACCUCCACUUGACAGUGAAGUCACGUUGAGUUGUGUCCCGCGGGGAGUUGAUCCAUUGAUCGGAUCGUUAUCGUUCUAUUUUAACGGAUUGAGGAAAAAAAAAAAAGCAGAGGAAGAGAAAGAGAAGCGAUGUCGGGCCAGUCUAUCACGGAUCGGAUCGCUGCAGCGCAGCACAGCAUGACCGGGUCGGCUAUCAGCAAGGCUGUGUGCAAAGCCACCACACAUGAAGUCAGCGGACCCAAGAAGAAACACCUUGACUAUCUGAUCCACUGCACCAAUGAGAUGAACGUGAACAUUCCCCAGCUGGCGGACACGCUGUUCGAGCGCACGGCCAACUCCAGCUGGGUGGUGGUCUUCAAAGCCCUUAUCACCACCCACCACCUCAUGAUGUACGGCAACGAGCGUUUCAUCCAGUAUCUGGCCUCCAGAAACACUCUGUUUAACCUGCACAACUUCCUGGAUAAGGGAGCUCUGCAAGGUUACGACAUGUCAACCUUCAUCAGACGAUACAGCCGUUACCUGAACGAGAAGGCCAUGUCCUACAGACUGGUGGCUGUGGAUUUCACCAAGAUGAAGAGGGGGAUUGACGGAGUGAUGCGCACCAUGAACACAGAGAAGCUGAUCAAGACGCUGCCCAUCAUUCAGAACCAGCUGGAUGCUCUGCUGGAUUUCCAGGCCAACCCUAAUGAGCUGACCAACGGAGUGAUCAACUCAGCCUUCAUGCUGCUCUUCAAAGACUCCAUAAGGCUGUUUGCUGCUUACAAUGAAGGGGUCAUCAACCUAUUGGAGAAAUACUUUGACAUGAAGAAGAACCAGUGUAAAGAUGCUCUGGACAUCUACAAGAAAUUUCUUUACAGGAUGACGAAGCUGUCAGAGUUCCUCAAAGUGGCCGAGCAAGUUGGAAUAGAUCAGGGUGACAUCCCAGAUCUCUCACAGGCCCCCAGCAGCCUCCUGGAGGCUUUAGAGCAGCACCUGGCCUCUCUGGAGGGCAAGAAGACCAAGGAAUUGAAUGCAGACACCAGAGCGUCCACCCUGUCCAGUGCCGUCUCAUCUCUCUCCUCCACCGGCAUGUCCUUCAGCCGCAUGGACGAGAAGGAGAAGCAGCAGGCCUUGGAGGAGGAGCAGGCCAGGCUGCAGGCUCUUAAGGACCAGCGCCUGAAGGAGAUCAGCAUGCAGACCCCACCCUCUGCCUCCCCCAGCAGCCAGUCGAUAGGCAUCGCCAACAACAACCACAUCACACAAACCCCAGAGUUGUUCACCUCCACGCUGUCUGCCAACAGUGUGCCCAAUCUGAACAGUGACCUGUUUGAUCUUCAGCCGGCCUUCAUCCCCGCUGUGCAGAGCACUCCUUCCAUCUCCACCGCCAACAGUGCCUGGGGAGGAUUGGAGACCCAGCCUCUGCACCAGACCGUACCAUCCAUGACUGUAGAUUUCGAUGCUGUGUUUGGGAAUAAGGCCACACCCAGUAACAACGGCCCGCAACCUGCAGCCGGUUUUGAUGCUCUAGGAGACCUGUUGAAGCCGACAGUUCCCACACACACUGCACCUCCUCCUCCGCCUCCUCAAAUGGCCAUCCAUCCUGGAGGAAAGCUGCUAGCCAACGACCUCGACUCCUCUCUGGCCAACCUUGUGGGCAAUCUGCAGUUCGGUGGGACCCCAGCCAAGAAGCCAGAGAUGCAGUGGAGCCAGCCUGGAGAGAAGAAGCUGACAGGGGGCCAGAACUGGCAGAAUAAGACCAUGUCGACCACACAGUGGAGCCCCGCGCCUGUGGCCCCACAGCCCAUGCCUGUACCACAUGUGGCUCCAGCCCCCAUGGCUUUCCCCAUGACCACACCGCAAGUGCCUGUGUAUGGAGUGGUCCCCCCCCAGAUGGGUCAGAUGGGCGGGGUACCAGUGAUGGCUCCUCAGCCAAUGAUGUACAACCAGCCUGUUCUCAGACCCACCAACCCCUUCGCACCCAUGCCCGGAGCCCAGAUGCAGUUUAUGUAAUCCAGUCAAGGGGGAAGCAGAGUGCCAAAAGCGACAAACAUACAAACAUACAGCAGAAGAAAACACACAAGAGGAAUGAUCAGAUGGACGGAGGAAUGAUUUGAUCAAGAUAAAAAUGACUGAGAGACAGACAGACGACAAGAUAACCAACCAACACCAAAAAACAAGUUGGAAAGAGGAGAAGAUGACCUAAUAGAGGAUGGAGGGAUGGAGGGAUGGAGGGAUGUGGUGGGGGAGAUGUCAUCCUGGCUGGUCUUUGCCUGAAACAACUGCUUGCCUGUGUUUGAGUGUGUGUCCGUGCGUGUGUAGCUUCUUUCUGUUGUAUCGUCUGAUUUGUGUUUUAAAUCCUAUCGAUGGAGUGAUGUUUCAGGAGAGGGAAUAUGGAUGAGAGAGAAAGACGUAAAGAAGGAUGGAGGGGAGAAGAGGGGAUUGAGGAAAUCCUACCUCUGGUUUUCAGUCAGACUGUAUAUAUCUGACUGUUAUGAGAGUCUCUGCUGCAGAAUUAGCUUUAUUUCAUACUGGUGCUAUUUUGUCUUCUCUGGGUUACUGUCCGCCUGCAACGGCAACUUGGGAGCACUUAGGAGAGGACAAGUGUUUAAGUGCGUGUGUGGGGGUGUGUGUGUUUGCUGUGUGUGCAGAUCGUGUGUUUGUGUGUGCACAGCAGUUGUUUCAGACAAUACCUUUACAACCGACCUCCUCUCCAUCCCCUCCCUCGUUCUCUGGCUUGUGUCCACAACUGUCCAAUCAGUGAGAGAUUUAGAGGCGAAUCUUCUCAAGUGUGUUUCACAUAAUUUUUCGCUCUGUUGGGAUAUCUUUGUAUUUUUCGAUCUGUUUUCUCCUGCAACCUCUCCUGAAUGUUAUCGGGGCUUGUACAGCAAUUUGUUGAACCAUUUGUUAAUAGUAGUUGAGCAUUUGUUGUUCUGGGUUUAAAGCUAAAGUCUUUGUUACUCAUACUGCAUUGUUUUCUUUUUCUAAAGCCACAGAUACACACAGAGAGACAGGGAUCAGCGAUGACAACAUGCUAGCGCGGUACAGAGUCAUCUAAACUGUCUGUGAACCAAAACUUUGCUUUAAAAAUAUAUUUCUUAAGGCCUGGUCAGACCAGAAAGUGGCACAGCGAAAUUCAUCCGUGCUGGCGAGCGAACCACUAACACAUAAGCCAGUCGGGAACGUAUAAGUGCUGGUCUUUCACAAUGGCUCUCUGAGCUUGUUGUCUUUUCUCUGCUGUGUUGUUUACCUUCCGCUGGCAUUUUAUCCUUGGGAUUUUUACAUCACAGACUUAUUGAAGAGAUGGAGAGAAAGGCUGACACAGUCCAUUCAGAAGAUGUAUUUAGAUCUCAAACCAUUCUUCUUUUAUGGAGGAAUUUAUACUCUGAGAGAACGUUUUCUGAAAUGUUAAUAUAAGAAAAAUGAUUAUUUUACAUUUAAGUGGAUGGAGCAACACAGCUAAUAAGCUGCAAACGCUUCCUCUACUUUGGACUCUCACGUUCAGCAAUGUCAAGAAAGCUUGCCAUUGGUCAACGGCACAAAUUUGUGAGUCCGAGUAAAAAACUUGAAUUUGCAAUAAAGAAUUUGCACAAAUUAACCUCCCCCAUGUGAGCAAAUCACAAUUUUAAUUGAAGGUGUGAUCGGGCCUUUAGAAAUUUGUACUUCUGUCAUGUAAAGAGUGUUGAUUAGCAUCAUUAGCCUGUUAGCUGCCUUUUAGCACAUUGAUGACCUGUGUGUAUCUGUUUUUCUUGUUUCAUUAGCUCACCAAGCAGAUUCAAACAUCAAGGGUUUCUAAAAUAAGAGCUUUUUUUCAUUAGGUACGCCCUACUGACAGAUCCCACAUUAUGUGCCAAUGAUUGACGACAGCAGCACUGAGUGAGCGAGUGAAAUGUUACUGAAUCAAAUUUAAUUCACUUUAAAUUGCACUGAAUCAAAGCGAGAGUCUUCAGGUGCAGCUCUGUCUGCGCCAAGAGCCGAAUGACGCUGAUUUUUUUUUUUUUUUGGCAUAACCCCUCGCUCUGCGGUUCAAGGAAACUUUGGGGAUCAAAUUUAUGUAAGAGGCCAUGGCCGUUCUUCAGCCAAAGCUUCCGUCGCCAUGAAUUUGACUGUUGAUGUAUUUGCGCAUAAGGCAUUUUACUGUGUGUUCACGUGUAUGCUUACACAUUUAUGUGUGUGUGUUUUCCAUUGAGGGCUAUUUCUGAGGAUCAAAUUGUGUCAAAUUUCGAGCCAAGUUUGAGCCAGCGAGUUUGACACGAAAUGUGCUCGUUUGUUUUUGUAAAAUCAAGAUUUUGUUGCAAAAUGCACAUGCAAAAAUUUUGCACUGAAGUGACUAUCCUGCCGUAGUAGAGCUGUUGCCAGCUUGUCUGGUGUGAAAAAGUUGAGGAAGAGAAUCGACGUUUGUAAAGGUAGUUUGGGGUUUUACAAUAACAAGUUUGUCUAAUCUACCAGCCACUUUGGCAGGUAACUAAAAGUUAUUUUCCUGCCAUUCUAACAAUGAACUUGAAACUGUUUGUAGUCCCAUCCCCGAUCCCAGUCCAGCGUCUACAUCCCAGCCAUCAGUGAUUGUCCAGUCGUAUCGCACUCAUCAUCCACUCUGCUGUGAAAUCUCUAGAUUCUCGCGUCAGUCUCUCAACUCUGUCUAGUUGGUCUAUCUCUAGAAUGCUUUUUUAAGCCUGCUUUGUCACUGUUUGGUAUGUGUAGAUAUGUAAAAAAAAAAAAAAAAUAGUAAUAAUAACCAGUUUCUGUCUAGAUUGUCUGCGCUCA